UUAUUUUGCUGAUAAAAUUUUCAGGGUAAACACGUAGUACAGCUGCUCUGAAUCGUACGAACGAUUGAAAUUACGGUUUUCAUUUACAAAUCUGAUUAUCCGAUGAGUUCCGCUCAUCAUAUCGGUGAGACAGUUAAUUUUAGCCACUAUCGCCAAUCCUCGCUCCCGCCACUUUAAGCUAGUCCUGACUUUCGGGUGUAGAUGCAGCUGUGCUUAUGUUAAAUGCUCCUUGAUUUAUUUUAAAAAUCGUAAACAUCAAUAAAGUGGUAGUUUUUUUAAGAAUAAAUUUCCGGUUUAAUAAUUGUCAGUGGUUUUUAGUUGCUAUUUUAUUUAUUGAAAGCAUCAACGGCGUGAAGAAAUCGGAACUCUUUUUAAAGGAACAUAUUAACCUCUAUGCAGAAUGUAAAGUGUUUAUGGCCGCCAUAGAUAUUGUUGUAAGGCGCAGUUGAUUUAUGGAGGAGUAAACAUUGAGUUUUUUGCUUGUAGCCGAUCAUACAUCCCACUCAAGUGACUUUAUUUUUAACAUCGGGAUCGAGUUAAAUAAGUAUGUGUAGCUUUAAUGCUUUUUUUUUUGUCGAAACAUUGAGUUAAAUUUGUAUUUUGUGAUUGUUCAAUGUGAAACGUUAUUUCGAGCGUACGAUUUGGAGCAGCUUUUCACAUGUUUAAUAUAAUGCAUUUAAAUGAAUUCAUUGAUUAUGCAGAUUUAUUUAAUCAUAAAUUUAGUUAUGCUGAUACGUGAUAUUGAAAAGUGAAGGCAGGGUGUUGCAUCAGACAUACCCUGCCCUGUUAUUUAUUCCAUGUUCUCAAUGUUCAGACAGAUUUGGAUCAGUGUCCAUUAUGGACACUUGUGGUUUAGAAUGAACAAUGUGAGUCACAAUGAAGAUAAAAAUCAGCAAAGUAAUGAAAGUAAAAACUGCAUAUUCAAGUCAACGUAAAACUGUAGUAACAUCUAGCUUUAGAGCAUGCAGUUUGGCGAUGGACGAUGGAGGUCGUUGUCUGCUUGACGUGAUUAAUGAUCCAAAGUUAUUACAAUCUUUCUUAGAAAGUGGAAGUGAUGAAAAUUCAAAGGAUCCACAGGAUGGGACUUCUUCUGAAUCAGCUGUUGAAAGUCCUCAAGUGUCAAACUCUCAAGUGUCACUUGCAAAUCACCUUCCAUCAGCUGAUCACAUAAUCGAUACAAGUGAUCAAAUGGGGUACAGCUUUGCUGUAGAUGGGCCGGCGCUAUUAGCGCAGAGUGGAGUUGGCUCCACUGCUGCAGGCUUAGGGGGCAUGCCGCUGGUUGUGGCUUCAUCUACUGGGCCACAAACAUACCAGCAUGCAUCAUCUAGUGGUGCCACCAUUCAUCAUUUACCAUCAACAGUUACUCAUGUAAAUCUUCAUCCUCAUUCUCCUGCAUCAGCCAGGUCUGUUACACCUUCUCAUAAUAUAAAAUCACCCAGUAUGGGUCCAUCCUCUGUUCAUAGCAUGCCUCCUCCAUCCCCAUUGCAGCAAACUAGAUCCCCUUUGCCAUCUCAUACACCAUCACCAGCUCCAGCUUGGUCUCCUGUACCACCUGUGUUAUCUCCUGCCGCUCCUCGAUCUCAGUCUAUGCCUUCUAUGUCUGUUGCUUUUCAACAAACACAUAAUCAGAUGCUUCAGACUACUUGUAAUAUUGCGCAAUAUGUUACUGCUCUGACAUCGCCACAGUCUGUGCAAAAAUUAACUCUUCAGCAACAACAGCAGCAGCAGCAACAACAACAACAACAACAGCAGCAGCAGCAGCAGCAACAACAACAACAGCAGCAGCAGCAGCAACAACAACAACAAGUUUUUCUGCAGCAACAGCUUCCUCCUGCCUCUCAGCAACAAUCUAUUCCUCGACUAACUGCUGUACAAACUCCUGUGGUGACAACUGUUGCAGUUCCAGCUUCUAUGUUGCAUUUAAUUCAAGCACAGACAUCUAAUGUAAAUGUGCCUACAACAAGGACGUCUCAUAACAAUACUCGUCCCAUUCAACCAAAAAUACCCAACAUACGACCAAAGCCACCUGCAUGUAGCGCAUCAAAUCAAUUUGUUUCUCCUACUCCAACUCCUAAGCAAACUUCAUCUACAUCUGUGACUACAGCACAGAGAACUGUUGGUGUUGGAAUUCAGCCUGGGACUGCUCCAUUAGUUCUCAAUCAAGCACCACCUGGAGUGUUUUCGGGACCGACUUCAGGUACUAUUUUAGUUAACCAAAUAAUUCCUGGUGUUCCUCCUAGUGGUGGUCCAAUUUUGAUCCAUGGAAAUUUGCCUAGUCUUCUAUUAAGGCCUACUAAUCCUUCAGCAGGACAAACACUUAAUGCAACAAACUCUCCAAAUAAUGCAACAUUAAUUACUGCUCUUCAAAAUCCAAGUCAACAAACUCUAUUUGCUCCAGCAAAACAAACAAUACAUAGCCCUCAAACUAUUGUGAUUCCUAAUAAUAACCUGCAUCCUGGUUUAGCCUCUCAAAAUCUCAAUCUGACAACAGCAGCUAUACCAAAUAGUGGUAUCCUAUCUUCCUCUUCGCAAGGACAAAGCUUUUUGGCCCGACCAAAUUUUAUUCUUUCGUCUACAAGAUUAAUGGGAAAUCAAGGUAUUCAGUUUCAACAAAUUCAAACACCAUCGGGUCCUAUUUUAGCUCUUACUUCUGGUCAGACCAUUACUCUUCCACAACUGCAAGCUUUGAGUAAUGCACAGUUAGCACCUGUGACAGCUGUUCCUAUGCAAACUGUAAUGACGAGCCAAGGAGUUCUGUCCCUCCAGUCACAUGCACCACAAUCUGCCUUACAACAACAACAACAGUCUUUAUUUGGUACUCCAGUUCCUUUCACAAAUCAUUUAGAACAGUCUUCACCUCAAGUGAUGCAAGUGCCACAGCCUUUAACUCCUAACCAAGUCCAAACCAAUCACCCAAGUCAUCUACAGCAAAAUCAGCCUCAACAAAUUGAACAUUCACCCAAACCUGCAUCUCCUCAAAAACCGGCCAAAGCUCCACAACUGAAUUUAGAAGAACUGUUAAAAGAGCAUGGUAUUGUGCCUGAUUCGCCUGUUCCUUCUCCGGAAUGCGAUUCUCCAAUAAUUGAAGAAUCAGUUCCUCAUGCAAUAGUCAACUCCCCACAACUGAUUACAGCAUUGCAACAAUCUCAGCAAGUUGUUCUAGAACAGUCACCUGGUACUGCAUCUUUACCUCAUUUAAAAUUAACUCAAGAUUGUAAUCUAAAGUUAUGCAAUCUAGCAAUAGCUCAAGAUGGCAGUGUUAUACUUCACCCUCAAUCAACUCCUAACAAUCCUACUGUUCAUCAUUAUGGUUCUUCUGGUCAAAUUCAAGGGAGGACUGUAAAUACUACUGUUAACUCCAUGAUUUUUCCGACAGCGGUAGUAUCAUCUGCAGCAUCAGUUCCUGUUACUACUGAAUCAACUCCUCGAAAUCAUUCCACAUUAAUAGCAAGAUUAAAUGCUGCUCCUGCUCUAUCUGUUCCUGAUGUGUCGUCUCUAGCUUUUUCGUCGGUUUCGGGAACGACUACUCUUUCAACCUCCAAUACUACAACCUUAGUGCCAUUAGUCCAAAGCUUAAAUGUGACAAAUACUCCAAUUGCCAGCAGUUAUAUUGUACAAAGGACGAACACAUUAAGUGCUGCAGGUGACAGGGUGUUUGUGACUGAGGAUGUGCACACUACACAGAGCCAUGUUACCCCAGUGAUCUCAUCGAGCUCCUCCACUCAAAAUGUACAAAAUAGGGUGAAUCAUUCUGGUCCUUUUCAGGCAAUUAUUGUUCCUAAUGAACAUACUGUAAGGACAAUGUCGCAGCUCCCUCCUAAAACUGUGCAAUCUUCUCAUGUGGGGACAGUCAGUACUACAACUUCACCUAGUGUGCAGUCUGUAGUGCAGAAAGCUGGUCACAAAGAAUCAAGAGCAACAGAAGUUGACAAUGGUGCUGUUGUGCCAAGCCAUAAUCAUCCAGUAACUUCAUCUAAUGUGCCAAAUAAUGUUCUUUCAAAAGUACAGAAGGAGAUCAAUGAACUUACAGCUGUGAGGAUUCGCAGUCCAGAGCAGCAGAAGAUUCUUCAACAACUUACUACUGCACGGCAAAAGCUGCAUACAUUGCAAAACAAUAAAAGCCGAGGAAAUAGAGCAAAUCAAAAUCAAUAUCAGCUUAAAAUGGAAAAUGAAAUUGAGAAGCUUAUUCAGAGAGCCCAAGCAAGUCAUUCCAUACGCAGUGUAUCUCCUCAACAGUUGAAACCUCCUGCUUUGAAUGUUCAGCAAUCUGGUCAAACAGAAAAACAGCAAAAUUCUAAAUCUGUAAAUUCCCACAAUUUGCAAUUAGUAAAUCUUCUGAAACAGAAUCCUCCACAUUGUGCUCCACCAAAACAUACGGCACAUGUUACGACUACAACUGUUACUGCUGCAUGUGAUAGUACAACUACUACAGUAGAGUCAUCUGUUUCUGUAAAUCAGAAGUCCAAUCAAGUUCCAGCUCCCACUCAGCCAAAGUCACAAAAUUCUCAUCAUCAUCAGCCUCCCAAGACAUCUAGUGAAGUUACACAGCCGCAGGUAAUUGUACGUCUUCAGAAGCCACCAGUACAGCAACAAUAUGUCGUCCAAUCUUCUUCAAAUACUGUCCAAAGAAAGGCUCCAUCUCCUGCUAAACGUAUUGUUAACACAGUCUUAAUUAAUGAGCAACUGAAGAAAGAUCAAAACAAUGCUGUGAAUCCAGAUGUUAAUAGUCCCUUCUUAUCCAAAGCUGAUGCAUGCCGUCGACUUCUAAGUUAUCAUGUAUAUAAUUCUCGAGAACCAUCAGAACAGCAGCUAGAGGAAGAAGACAGGAUGUUUGGGAAAAGAUCAGAAAAUGUGAUGCGCAAAAUGAAGUUGCUGUUUGGCAGGUUCUUUGCUGCUCAGAGCAAGAAUAGUACUCAUCCAAAAAGUGAGACUCCAUCUCAUGAAGCUGUGCAGAUACAACGAUUGCUCAUUGAAGAAGAGCAGGAAGCUUUGGAUGCUGAAAAAGCUAUUGUUGCAGAAGGAGGAACUAUAACAAUCCCACCUUCCCGCCAUGCCUGGCUAGAACGAAUUCGCUGUCCUCCAUCUCCAGCUAAUGAUGAUUUAUGUGAAGUGGCAAUUAAGCAGGAAAGAGUUAGCAGUUCCCCAUCUUCUGAGCAUGGUAAUUUUUCAGAAAUGGUAGCAGAACAAGAGAGGGUUCAACAUUCCCCAUCUCCAGUUCACCGCUUUUCUGAAAAAGAUAGGUGUGCUUAUGAUCAAGAUGAUCAUGAUUGCCUGUGCAGAGAAGCCAGUGAUCACCCAGAAGAUAGUGAUCCUUUGUUUAAAGAGGAUGAUAACCUUGAAGCACCUGUGAUUGAUAGUUGUGAAGAUAUUGUUGUGCCACCCAAUGACAACGUUGAAAGGAGCCCUCCAACGCUUAAAAGAAUAGUCAUUAAACCCACAAGACGUAAUGAAAGUGAUUCUGAGGACCAGUCGCCUGUGCGGAAACGUGUGAAAUUCAAUAAUAGUGCAGUGUCAAAUUUAACAUCAUCUCAGAAGUAUUUAAACACUACAAAACCUGAAUUGAGUAGUUUUAAUCCUAUCCAUAGGCCAGAGGUUACAAAGCAAAGUGAUUUUGUGUUAAAUAAGACAAAUCACAAGGUUCCAUCUAUGAGUGGACCUUUCCAAAGUGAUACUAGGAUAGGUGACAUGGUAACUGAACUGAGGAAAGAGUUCAAUAUGUCUCCUAUGGAGAUGGAUGAUGAUACUCGGGUGGGUUCACAUAUAGUAGAUUUUGAUCCUUCCAGUGGGGUCAAUCAUCUUGUGGACUUUGAUCCUCCCGUUCCUCGGACAGAGGAAUCAUGUGAUUCAAAUUUGUUGUAUAACAGUAGUUUAAGAAAUAACUGUACCGAUAAGUACAGCUUUACUGUAUUGAAUGACUGGGCGCAGGAUUAUGUUCGACAAGUCCAUCAGCCUAGUGAGUCAGACUUGGCUGUAAAUAGCAUCUUAACUAAUCAAGACAAUCCUGACUUGGAUCUGUCCGGGUUAGAUGGGUUGGAAGAUCAUUUGAAUGAUAGUCAACAUUGCAUUCCAAAUGGGAUCCAAGAUGUUGAGACAUCUGUGGAAAACGAAAUGGAUUAUAUUGGUUACUCUAUUCCUAAGCAUCAAAAGAGGUUUCAGGACUCUCCUAUGCAACCUGCAAGUAACUGUUCUGGCACCGGAGACCAAGUGCAAUGUGCCAUUAGAAGUAUUACUGAAGCAGAUUCGCGUUAUGAUCGUGUCCAUACGCAUACAGACUUCAUGUCUCUUAAUAGGCACAGCCAGAAUGCGCACAUCGGUGGCUAUGGCAGUAGCACAAGUUCUGGCAUAGGCUCCACCAGUAGAAGAAGGCAACAUGAUGUGGAUGAAGCAGUUAAUAGUAUUUUGAUGUAGUAUGGAAAGUGAUUUCGUUCGUCUAUUUCUACAAGCUGCCUGCCCAGGUGUCAUAGGGCAAUUAUUUAUUUUCAUUGUUAUGAUUGUUAUAUAAGAGUUCUAUUGAUUUCAUUCUCUGUGUAUAGUUUGUGAUAUAAGAAUUUUCUAAUAAGUUGGUUAAAAAAGCAUAAAAAUCUUUAGAAUUUUAUGGUGAAUUUAUUGUAUGUAAAAAUUGACAAUGAAAGUAACUGUAAUAAUUAGAUGCUUUUUUACUUCCUCAAUUUAGCAAUAAAGAACGGAAAAUAUUCACAAGCAAUAAAUUCAGAGUUAAAGGGGUAAAUGUAAAAAAAAGCCCUUUGUUUUCCAAUCCAUUGUCCAGUCUUUUUCUGUCAUGUAUUUGAAUUCAGACUUUUUUGUGAAUUAAAUAAUUUUGUUCAACCUACUUCUGUGUUGUUAUAGUGAUUCAGUACAAACUAGUGUAAUAUUUUUUGCUCGAACAUUUUGUUGUGAUUCGCAGAGGAUUAAAAAUUUGCUCAAGCAUUUGUACUUAAUCUUGCUCAUUUUUAUUCUAUGCAAAAUGACUUUGAUCCUACUUGAACCUGCUAAUUUAUCUUAAUGUUCCUUGUAUAUAAUGUGCUUAGUGAGUAAUUAUGAUGCAUUUGAAUCAUUUUGAAGUAAGGGGUACUUUUAUAAAUUUUGAAACUUCCUUCGUGCUUCUCCUUGGUUCAGAUAUAUUAAUGAUGAUCAAAUGCAAAUCAAAGAACAAAAAGUUGUAGUUUUACAUGUUUUCAUUUUAUCUAUUUUUCUCAUAACUGAAAAAAAAAUUCUAUUGUAGGAAUUACUUUAUUGCUUUUUUUUUAAAAAAAAAAGAUAACCAUUUUAAUAGUUUAUUUUUUAUAAAAUAUAUGAAAAUUGUUAUUGUUAGGUUUUAUAAUGUAAGUUAUUGUACAAUAUAGAACUAUCUUUUAUCUACUUUUAAUGUUAAUUAGUAUGUUGCUAUAAAUAAUUUGAGAAAUCAAUCCAUUCAGUUUAAAAUUAUUGUGAACGUAUUGAUUAAAAUGUCUAGGUAUUGAUUUAUUUUCUUUAUUGAUGAUCAUGAAUGCAUGCAAUUGGAAUUGAAAACAUUAUUUCCAUUUGGAACUACAAUGUUAAAUAUUGAAGGUUUUUUUCUUUGAUUCUUUUACAUAAAUACAUUCAAAAUGUGUCAUUUCAAUUAACUAUAAACUGUUGAUAACCAGAAACUUUAAGUACUUUUGAAAUUCAAAUGUACUUUUAUGUAUUCAUAAAAAAAUAUCCUUAAUUGAUCAGUUUUUGCAAUUAAAGUACUUUAUAUUAGUGAGAUUUCAGAUUAAGGAUAAAGAAAUAUUUAAUUCAUUGAUGUGAUUAACUGAUCUUUAUAAUUUAUUAUAUACAAUUUCUUAUAUUAAAAGUCCCAAAAUGUAAUACAUAAUUUUGAAUUUCAUACCAUGCGUCAUCUUAGCUUAUAGCAUUUACUUAUGGAAAUACAGUAUUGUGAUGAAAAUAUUUUUAAUGCUUGUUCAGUUGAAAAAAAUUUAUCAAGUAAUAUGGCUUUUAUCAUUGUGUAGUCAGCAGUAAUAGUAUUCAAGUUUAAUAUAUUAGGCAAUUUACAACAUUUAGUACCAUUUGAAUUGAAAAUUUCUUUGUAACUCGUUCAUUUUAAGAUAAUAACUGUAAUUUUAAUUGUAAAUUAACAAUGAAACUAAUGGUUGUUUUUUUAAAAAAAGAAAUCAAAAUUAAAAUAUUUUGAAAUAGCUCGAUUUUUUUAAAAAAUAGUUUUUGUAAUUAUUACUCCCCCCCCCAUCAUGUUUAAACAAUAUUUAUUUCAAACAAUAUUUAGUAAUUUUGAAGUAGAUAAUUUUGAUGAAAAUAGGAAGUACUGAAAAUACUUAGAGGAAUUCUUAUGUAGGGUUAAAAUCUUAGCAUGUAUAUUAUGUAUUUUUUAUGCUUCAUAAAGUUUGAUUUUAAUUUGAAUAUUUAGAUAAGUUUGAAGCAAUUUGUAUAGUAUUUAAAUACUAAAUGUAAGAAAAUGUAUUUAAAUCAGAGACCUUAAGUUAAUUCAGGUACACCAUUACCCUUUUUUGAUAAAUGAUUAUUUUGGAUUUUCUAUCUUUUUCUUUCUAAAUUUAAUUAUUACACUUACAGAAAGAUUCGUCUAUAGAUUAAAAAAUAAAUGUUAAAAUUUUUUUCCCCUUGAAAAUGUUUAUUUUAUAAUAAUGGAACUAACAUCAAUGAACAAAUAGACUUAUUUUGUAUUGAGAGCAUUCCUAAUAUGUAUGCUUAUCUUGUGUUGAUCUAUUUUAUCUGGAAUUUGUUUCUGAAAAUUCCAAAUAUAUCAUCUUGAAAUACUGCUAUUGCUGACCAAUAUGAAUUUUCUGUGCAUAAAAGCAGGCAGCUUGCACCUUUGCCUUAUUGUAAUUUAUCUUGAAUGUUGUGACAGCUUUCUUCGAAAGGUGAUGCCAAUGUACUUUUUGUGUGCUACAAACAAAGUGGUGAUCUCUCUGGGUUUCCCCCUUGCCCAAUUUGUAAAAAAAAAAAGAAAAAAAAAUAACGAGAAAGAAAUUGUAAAUAUUUUUCAUGUUUUUCUAGAAAGUGCCUAAUGGCUUGAUGCAAUUUUCACACGUUUGAAAAUUAGUGGUGUAACAGCAAUAAUCAGUCAUAUAAAAAUAAAUGGUUGAGUUUACAGAUUUCUGUUUUGUAAUGUUUUAAGACAACAAAGCAUUUUAAAUGUAAAUGUUCUUAUGUGAUAUUAUAAAACCAAGUACAGUCACACUAAUUUUUGGUAGAGUACUCUUUUUUACCCCUCCCUUACUAUUAGAUUAAUUCUCAUGUAAUACACUUAUUUUUAUUUAUAAAUUCUUAUCUAAUCCAAUGAACUACUUUCAAUCAAAUACUGCUACACUACUAAUUUUUUUUAUUUAAUUAAAUAAAUUCACGUUUUUGUGGAGACUGUAAAGGUUGAACUUGGUUUAAAUAUAAAUUAUUUAUAGUUAAGAUAAAGUUGCAUUUGUACUUAAAUAAUUUAUUUCAUAUUAAAACAUUUUGUUAGUGAGAAAAGUAGGUUUAUAAAAUUUAAAUUUUUAAUCCAAUAAAUAUGCAAUAUAAUUUGCUUUCCUUAUUGUGUUUGUUUAAAAAUUGGAAGGGAAUUUUCACCCCUCUUAUUAGUACAAAUUAUUUUACAGUCUCUUUCUGUUACACAUUCAUACACAGACACAACAUAUAUAUAUAUCAACAUGUGUAUAUCUAUCUACAUAUUAUGUAUACAUAUUAAAAGAUAAGAUAGAUGUAUAUUUUACUGUGUGGAAAAAGCACAUUUUUGACUGUGAUGUAGUUUUGCCCGAGGUGAAAACUUUGGAGAAAAAGUCACCAAUGUUAAUAAUCAUCUGUGGUGCCAGUUCUUUGUCUUUCAUUUCAAGCUGAAGAUGGUAGUGCCAUCCUCUGGCUUCAAACAUUGUUCCCCUGAAAAUGGAAAAGGCUAUGAUGACAUCACUUGAAAUUGAUUGCAUGUACAUGUUUAUAUGUGAUAAAGCUCAAAAUAUAUAAAUAUGUAAUAUGUAUCUUCAAAUUAAAUGUAGCAUCUCAGGGGUAGAAGUCAUUACCUGAAGAGAUUGUACAGAAUGAUAUGUGAAAAUUUUUUUACUUGAUGGUUGUAAAUAUUUUAUUAAACGUCACGGACAUCUAAAAAGAAA